GCACCUGCACCGACAGCAGAACCGAUAUCGGAGGAAUCCCGGUCGAGCUCCGUCACGUUUCUCGGCUCUCCCGCUCCCUUCCCGGUCGCCGCGGCGUCCUCUGCGGCCCUAGCGCCUUUCUUUGCCGCCGUGUCGCAGAAGCGUUCCCUGGAGCGUGGGGGGAUUUCACACCGAGAGAGAGGGGGCAGAGGGAGGAAGGGCAGGUCCCUCAUCAUCAUCACUUUCACUCCCUUCAUCAUUUCCAAACAUCAUCAUCAUCAACGCGACGAGGCGUGUCUGCCUACACUAGAAACACACCAGAACACUCAAGCAGCCUCAGCACCGGACAAAAUGCAUUGUGCUGACCGCCCGCCGAGCCCGGACGGCGUUUGAUGUAGCACGUUUUAUUAUUUAUUUAUUUUUCGAUCUGGAAAUUUCUUGACUUUGUUGGGAGAGCGAGCGAGCGAGCACUGCGGCCUUGCAUCCAGCUGAAUGAACGAUGCGGACUUUACCAGCAGCCUGAUUUAGCACCGCAUUUCCCCCCGGAUGACCGUUUCAGCACAGCCAACAGCGUCUCUUUUCUGCGAUCUGCGUGUUUUUAUGGGAGUGACGGAUAGCUAGUAGCCGAGACACAAUGUGGAAGUGGAGACGGCUGAUGCGGUUGUCCAACCGCUCCUUAAUGGCCUUUCUCUUUUUCUUCUCCAUGUCCACGACCUGCCUCUACUUCAUUUAUGUGGCUCCCGGAAUAGUCAACACAUAUUUCUUCAUGGUACAGGCUCAGGGUAUCAUGUUGCGAGACAAUGUGCGGACCAUUGGUCACAUGAUCAGACUAUACACCAAUAAGAACAGUACACUCAACGGCACAGAUUAUCCAGAUGGAAAUAACUCUAGCGAGUAUAUCGCUCAGCCAACCACAUACCUCCCAGAGAACUUCACAUACGCUCAGAACCUGCCCUGUCCGGAACGGUUACCUUCUAUGAAGGGUCAGAUGGAAGUCAACAUGACAGAGGUCCCUAUGGAGGAGAUUGAACUGAGGCUCAAACAUAUGGACAUUCAAUUUGGAGGCCACUGGAAGCCCAAAGACUGCAAACCACGCUGGAAGGUGGCCAUAUUAAUCCCCUUUAGGAAUCGCCAUGAGCAUCUUCCCAUUCUUUUUCAGCACCUUACUCCAAUGCUCCAACGCCAACGCUUGCAGUUUGCCUUUUAUGUCAUUGAACAGACGGGUACUCAGCCAUUUAACCGUGCCAUGCUGUUUAACGUGGGCUUUAAAGAGGCCAUGAAAGACCUGGACUGGGACUGUGUGGUGUUUCACGACGUCGAUCACAUUCCAGAAAACGACCGUAAUUACUACGGCUGUGGUCAGAUGCCUCGACACUUUGCCGCCAAGCUGGACAAAUACAUGUACAUCCUUCCCUACAAUGAGUUUUUUGGUGGAGUGAGUGGACUUACUGUUGAACAGUUCCUCAAGAUUAAUGGCUUUCCCAAUGCAUUCUGGGGCUGGGGAGGAGAGGAUGAUGACCUCUGGAACAGGGUUCAUUAUGCAGGCUUCAAUGUUACCAGGCCAGAAGGUGAUAUUGGCAAAUACAAAUCUAUCCCCCAUCACCACAGAGGAGAAGUGCAGUUCUUGGGAAGGUACAAGUUGCUGAGGUACUCCAAAGAGCGACAGCAUCUGGACGGCUUGAAUAAUCUGCAAUACUCUCCGGAAAUCUAUCUGAGCAACCUGUAUAAGAACAUCACAGUCAACCUCAAUCCUGAGCUCGCCCUCAUUGCAGAGUACUGACAGGCUCAGCGUGACCAAUCCUCCCCCAGUUCCCCCCCUCGAGUCAGAAAAUGUGAUGUAUCGAUGCCAAACGCCCUUAAAAACAGGAGCAACGAGGGCAAAGGCCUGUCUAAUGCACAGUUAAUUGCGUGACGUGAGUGUGUGCGUGCGGAUCUACGAUUACUGGAUCAUAUCUGUGAAAGUGUAUUAGCGUGACUGCGUCCGUUCAAUUGCAUGUUUCUCUAUGUCCAUGCUGGCUUUAGCGAAUCCGAUCACAACACAUUUAAAAAAAAAAGUGGGGAGUGCCAGCGUCAACGAAUCAGAUGUUUACUGCAAAGCCUUAAUUGAAUUUUAUAGGCUAUCAAACGCUAGAUUCAGUCAUCUGUGCUUACAUUGUAGAAAGCUUGGUUUUACAUUGCAACAGCACUAUAUACUUGACGCCAAUAGACAUUUUUUGUCAUGUUCUGUUAAUAUCAAAUUUUUUUUUUUUUAUACAUAUCUACCAUUUUUUUUUAAAGAGAAAUUGUUUAAAAGAUGUUAUUGCAGUUUAAAUGGAUGUAUUUUAAAACUGUCCUUCACCUUUUUUUGUAAUAUUAUGGAAUACAUCUCACCUUGGUGGUGUGUAAUGUUUUUUUUUUUUUUUUUUUUUUUUUCAACAGUCCCAUGGCUAUACAGAAUGCUGACACGUUGCAUGAAUUACCCAGACUACCCUGUAAAUAACUGGCCUUUUAAACAAUGCUUUAGCUUUGUCCCCUAAAAGACGCCUGUGGUUCCAAUGGAAACACUCUUCUUUUUGGCAGCUAUUUGUUGUUUUUGUUAAUUUUAAGUGAUUUUUAAAAAAAUAUCUUCAAUGGUGUGGGACACAUGACAGACUUAUAAAUAAAAAACUAAAAAAAACUUAAAAAAACAACAGCAAUGACCGUAGAAUGCAGGAAAACAAAUCAAAUCCAACAUCAGAUACCAUCACCUACUGCAUGCCUUAAUUUAUUUUUUGUUACAUGAUUAUUUUGUGUCUUAAACUUUUAGUCCUAUUGAAUGUCUUUUUUUUCGUCUUUGCUUUUGUUAAUAGCGUGAUCAUUCUCACAUCUUGCUUUUUGAAGUGCACUCCUCAGUAGAUGUGACUGAAGCGAUAGCGAGGUGUUUACGAGACAGGUCGUUCGCAGGAAGACCUGAUAUUUAAUCGGGUUUGUAGCUGCUAAAGCCAAAACGCCCUUCACUGGGUUUGGCGUGUAUUUCAACCUGUGUUUUUUUUGUUUGUUUGUUUGUUUGUUUGUUUGUGUGCGUAGCUCUCUGUGUGAAGAUUGUGCUCCGGUAGGGCCAAAAUGAGAGGGCGACGGCAUCGCUGCCCUUGAAUGGCAUUCAGAGCACACUUGGGCCAUGACAACUUUAUGCUGUUAAAGUUUCGAGCAUUACAAGCUGUUGGAAAACUUUUUUGAAAGACUAUUGGUUGGUUCAUGUUUGCCUUUUUUGUAUAUAUUUUUAAUUUUUGAAGUUGUACUAUGUUGCUUUAUUUUGUGUAUUUUUUUUUCUUUUUAAGUUAUCAUAUGUAUGUCCUAAAUCUGCUGUUUCAUAUCCUCUUAUCCUGUCUGUCUGUGUGCGUUCACAUAUGUUUGUGUCCACUUGAAGAAUUACACAUUGAGGGAGAGAUUUUAGCAGCGGCAUUAACCGGACUUCUAGUUCUUGAAGUUAAGACACUCACAGCUCACAAAACGUUUUUUUUUUUUUGUUGUUGGUUCUUUCCAUCUGCAUAUUUCCGUUUCACAUUUUCUGAGUGGACGCUUCGCAUAACCCUAGUACAGUCUUACUACCUUUGUGGUGACCCUGACGUGAUCUCCAGUACUCAGUCUGCUGUUUACAGUGUCUUUUUAAACAAUCAGACUUAAAAUGGAGUCUAAUCAGACCUGUUUACUGUGGUUACGGGUUACAAAUACCAUUUGACCAACUGAAGAAUUAAAAAUUCUUGUCAUUUCAUAAACCGCAUAUUAUAUAUAUAUAUAUGUAUAUAUAUGUAUAUGUAAAUGGAGGUUACUGAUGCCAAAGUCUGCUUUUUCGCUCUCCUACUGUUUUUAAAAGUGACUUGUUUUUUUCGGUAUGGGUGAGUCUGUGUAUGUCAUGACCACAUGUUGCAUACAUAUGCAGUUUAGUAUAAGAGGAUUGCUCUAGGCUAGAGAAUGACAUGGAAAACUCGCCAUGCUUUUCCACUGCACAUGGUCAACCAUUUACAUAAACAAAAUUUAGGCAAAGCUGGAGCAAAUGUGAGUUGGCUUACACCCUGUGUUUGUGUUGAAGUGGCUAGUGAGAAAUGACAACUUUAUUAGAUGUUUAAAGUAGAAAUAGAGGCAUUUUAGAAGGAGUAUAAGCUUUUGAAGAGGGGAAGUAAGGCAUACAAGGUUUGCAGAGUGUUCAAAUAAACAUGCAUCAUUCCACCUGUCACAGUGCACUGUUUUCUUAUUCAGGCGUGAGGCCGCACUUUAGUUUGGUAAUGGAUUAAUGGUGGAGUCUUGUGCUCAUUAUUAUCAGACAGGACUGUUAGGGAUUGUGCUAAUCAUUAGCUUUUGCACUGCUGCAAAUUGCUUGGUUACAGAGUUUGAGACUGAAAAUGACACCUUGUUCUUAAAGUGUGGUGGGAUGCAAUAUUGAAUGUUUAGUUGAUUUUUAUUUAGUUAGUUAAUUUUUUGGGGGUGACAUGCCAUUUUCAUGAUAUAACUUCUUUUUUUAUGGAGAAAUAUACUUGUGAGACUGCUCCGGUGUGUUUGGUUCUGGCAUUUAGCUUUUUGCGGAAGCUUUCAUUUUCAGUGCUGUCAUUUGUCUUCUAAUUUGGAUUCAUAUCAUCUCAUUUUCCAGCCCUUUCAUAGCUGCUCCAUUCUGUCUGAAAAUAUCCAGAAAAUAAAACAAACAAUAGAUAGUUUUAAAAAAUGAUUUAUUCACCAUUACUGUACUGUAAUGUGUUGAGUGUUACAUUUUUGCAGUAUUCAUAUUUGUGCCUUGAGUUUUAAAAAUAUAUAUUUAUUUUUUUUCCACUUUCACUUUAUUUGUUGAGAUGUGCAGUGGGGUGCGUGUGGAUGGUGUAUAAAAAUAAAACUGGGUGCACAUUUACAUCAAUUUCUUUUCUUUCUUUUUUUUUGUUGUUUUGAUCUGGAGCUCUGUCUCCUAAAUCUGUCUGCUGGUCAUUGAAUGGGACUAAAAAACAUGGGGUUUCUCUUGCUGUUCUCUUGAUGUUUCUUCAACGUUGAGGGUCCACUUUAACUGUAACACCAGUGUGAGAAGCAGAAUGUCUUGAGAUGCCAGCUGUUUUGACUGACAUGUACAAUCCUGGCUCCAGAUUUCUCUUUUGUUUUCGUUGUUGUACCAGUCUGUUCACUGCGUUUCGCUCUGUAAUGAUCAUUAAAAGACUUUAUAGUUGAAAACUUA